AUGAGCUUGCUGUGCCUCGUCUUGGCGCUGAGCCUGCUGGGGGUCCGCGGCUUGGGAGACCCCGGCCCGUUGGAGGACGUAGUCAUCGACAGAUACUACAUCCCCAAAGUGUGCCUGCGAGAAGUCCAGAUGGGCGACUUCGUCCGGUACCAUUACAAUGGCACUUUUCAGGACGGCACCAAGUUCGACUCCAGGUACUUUCCCCCCUUCUCGUUUCCCUCGCUGAGAAAUGCGCAGCAGCGCCCGUCCAGGGCAGGACUGGGUCCUUUGAUCCAGAGACAAAGGGUUAGGUGGUGGCUCACCUGCAGUCCCUGGCAAAUUGGAAUUAAGGAGUGGCAAAAUAUCUUCCCCGCCCCCGUGUUCAAAACUCCGAUUGUUCUAGGCGCAUUUUGCGACGGAAUUAUUUCAUGAGCAAAAGCGGUUUCUGAGUUCCGGGCGCAAGAUUUCAGAGUAAAACUGCAGAGUGGAAGGAAAGGAGGACCUUUUUCUGCCUCCCCUACUUUCUGAGGACUGGAGAAGAGACACUCUUAAGAAUAUUAAGGGGGUGGGCAGGGGAAGGACUAGACCAUGUGGAAAAGGAGCAUAAUAUUUUAGCUGCAGUUCAUUUUCAGCUUUGUAUUAUCAAAAAGUGCGCCUAGACAUUCUGUUGUUGCAUCCAUAACCUAAGGUGCCAUUGUGCCUAGAUUUCAUAUCUCAGUUUCUAACACUGUCCCUGCCCCUCCCCUUAGGAGAUUCCCCCAUAAGUUGAGAGACAGGAGACCCACGUUUUAAUGUUUCAUCUUUGCGCUUUUGAAAUAGCCAUGCGUGCAACCUAGAAAAACAGCCCUUCCUUUAUUAAAAUAAAACAACAGCCCGCCAGCAAUGAGAAACCUUCAUUCCCUCUCUCUCCCUUGCAAGAGGAAUUGCGUGCCUCUGGCGGUAUGUGCCUUCUAUCUUCUGCCUCUUUGGGGCCUCGGGGGGAAAGAGAAAUAUGGAGCCGCUGAUCCCUCGCAUAACUUCAGAAGCUUUUGCACAGCGGUUUGCAGCUGCCAAGCCAGCUUCUGGCUAGAAGGGUGCAGGGUGGACUUUGCAAAGAGCCAGGUCUGGAAAAAAAGGGGUCCACCCUGGUACAAACAUGGGCAGGCAUGCAAUAAAUGUUGUGGGGGCGCUGGUGAGGAGCAAAGCAAGGGUGAAGGUGGACACGAAAUGCAUGUAAUGCUUCAAAUUAAAAUACUUUAAUUAAAAGCAUAUAUUUAAAAGUGCAUAUUGGUCAUGACUCUGUGACUAGAGCAUUGGAAAGAGGUUUGUUUGUUUUGGGGGGAACUGAAUAGAAUACUGUUGACAUGUUUUUCUUUUUAUCUGAGUUAGAGAUUUCUAUUCAGAAAAGCUGGAUAUUCAGGAAAGGGACAUUAAAAAUCUCUGAGAAAGCGGGGGCAAUUCAGGCCACAAACCCUUGCCUUAGCAAACAUACUUUAGAUAAUUUCUUCCCAUCGGCUAAAUUUAGGUUUUAUCGUUGUGGAAUCUGACCACACUCAAUGAGAUUUAGUCCCAGGAACUUGUUAAAAAACAACAAUUAUUAUUGUGGGGGGUAAGGAGAUGCAAGGAGUGUUUUGAGGAGGGCGAAGUGUUUGAAAUAAGACAAAAUGGACGUCCUUCUAUUAGGUCUGGCCUGUUUUUGCUGUAGGCUGCUCCUGUGAAAACUCAGAGCAACCCACAUUCCUCAAGUCCACAGAUGAUAAAAUCAGAUCACCUCAAAGGAUAAUAAACCUUCAGUUUUCACCUCUCCUGAUACUCCCUUCUCCAUCCGUGCAGUCCUUGGAAAUAAGUCCCAUAGAGUUCAGUGGGACUUUCCCCCAGGUAAUGGGUAUCAAGGGAGAGAGAAGGAAAGGAAAGAUUAUCGUUGCUGAAUGGCUGGUGGUUGUUUUUUAAAGGACGGACUCUUUUUCUAUGGUUGCAAGCAUACUACCGCGGUGCACUAUUUGGAAUUUCUGAACAUAGAAUUGUAGCCAGUGUUGCAUGCAUGGAUUCCCAUUCAGGCAAUCGGACUUCCCUUCUCUUCUCCCCCCCCCCCCCACCAUGUCCCCAAAAUCUUCUCCCAACCCUCUGGAGCAGAAUUUGAAGGUGCAUAUGGGGGGGGGGGGGCGUGUCAGAGGAAAGGAAAGUUAAAGUCAUCUGUGUAAUAAUUUUUUUGCUGGAUCAAACCAAAUUGCAGCCCAACAUUCUACAUGAUAUAGUAUACCAAAAUUCGAAUAAGGACAGAAUUGAUAAAAUAAAUUUUAAGAGGGAGAAGGGAACACAUCUAGAGCAGGACGUUUUCACGUAAGGAUAUUUCAGAUCUGAACUUCCAGGCUUUGUUUUAAAACUAAAAAAAUUAAGAUGUGGAACUUUUAGUUAAACCUGUCAUGCGUCCGAACUCCCUUAAUAAAUAAGGAACACUCACUCACUUUUCUGGUAGUUCCCUUGCAUCAAAAGACAAAUUGUUUGACUGAGAAUGGGUGCAACAAUCCCUGUCCUUUGCUAUUACAUUAUCCCUUGGUUCAGCAUCGCUGAAUCUUAUGUGUAAUUUAGCUGGCACAUCCUAAGGUAUAUUAGCGUGAUAACAAAACUAUUAGGGCAUUUUGAAAUUGUGUCUUGAGCAUCAAACCUCACUGCCCACAGAGCCAGGUUGAGCUACGAAGCAAGAUAGCGGUGUGUCAGAAGGAAGGGGGCAGGCAGUGAGCUGCUAUAGGCUGUGGGAGGAGAUGGCGUCCAUGAUGGGAUCUGCCGUUUGGGCUGUAGACGUGUCAUCCGCAUGAGGCUGCAGCUGCUUAUGCAUUUUAAAAGGCUGGAUUUUGCAACUUAGGACGGCGACUCCUUUUCCCGUCCAAAAUGCACACACUGGAAGCAGCAGUCCUAUAAAAUGGAUCUAGUUUUCUAGAGAUCUGGAAGAAAACUUGGUCUUGAUUUGAAACCUCGGUGCUAACUGCCUUUCCUCCCCCAUAUCAUGACAUGCGGGCUGAUCCUCUUGGCGAAUUCAGAGUGCAGGAUCAGGCUAUUCUGCUCCUCCUUUUCUGACUGAAAGGAAGUUGGAGAUCGGGUUUCAUUUGCUCCUCUCCCUGCUAGCAGGAAUAGUUUGGGAGGUUUUGGGGUUUUUUUCCUCAUCAGCAAAACUUUACGGAAUUUCUGCCUUACUAAAAUGGGCAUACACCCACAUUCCUUGCUUCAGGGCAUAGUUUUGUUUAAAAAGGUGGUUUCUGCUGUUGCGGUGCAAUUUGGGUAAAUAAUUGAAUCGGUCCUAAAAUAGUUUUCGUAAAUGUAUCCAAGCGCAUCUUGAAGCCAGCAAGAUUUCUUUUCCUUUUUGCUCCCUCAACAGUUACAGGAAGAGUUUGUGGGGAUUUUUUAUACUACAAUGCUGCUUUUCAGCCUUAAGCUCUGGUUCUCAAAUAGUUUUCCACGAGGUCCACUCUGAGGAGGGAACAGCCAGGCCAGGCCUCAAAAUGAACUCAGGGAGACGUGUUUCCACUUCCACCAUACCACACAAACUUCCUUUGCCUCUGAAUUGGCCAGAAUUGUUGCUGGGCCUGAUGGGAAUUGUAGUGCCAAACAUCUGGUAGUUGGCCAAGGGUGGCCUAGCUAGUCUAACAUCCUGUUUCUCACAGUUGCCAGCCAACCGCACGGAUGGGAUAAGCCUGUAGCCAGGAUAUGAGAGCCACAGCCCUCACCUGGUGUUCCAGGGGAUGUGGGUGGCACUGUGGUCUAAACCACUGAGCCUCUUGGGCUUGCUGAUCAGAAGGUUGGCGGUUUGAUUCCCCGCAAUGGAGUGAGCUCCCAUUCCCAUUCCAGCUCCUGCCAUCCUAGCAGUUCGAAAGCACACCAGUGCAAGUAGAUAAAUAGGUACGCUGUGGCGGGAAGGUAAACAGCAUUUCCAUGUGCUCCGGUUUCCAUCACGGUGUUCCGUUGCACCGGAAGCAGUUUAGUCAUGCUGGCCACAUGACCCGGAAAGCUGUCUGUGGACAAACGCCGGCUCCCUUGGCCUGAAAGCGAGAUGAGCACCACAACCCCAUAGUCACCUUUGGCUGGACUUAACCGUCCAGGGGUCCUUUACCUUUUACCUUACCUUCAUGUGGUGUUAAAGGUAAAGGGACCACUGACCAUUAGGUCCAGUCAUGGCUGACUCUGGGGUUGUGGCGCUCAUCUCGCUUUAUUGGCCAAGGGAGCCGGCGUACAGCUUCCAGGUCAUGUGGCCAGCAUGACUAAGCCGCUGCUGGCAAAACAGAGCAGCGCACGGAAACGCCGUUUACCUUCCUGCCUAUUUAUCUACUUGCACUUUGAUGUGCUUUUGAACUGCUAGGUUGGCAGGAGCAGGGACCGAGCAACGGGAGCUCACCCCAUCACGGGGAUUCAAACCGCCGACCUUCUGAUUGGCAAGUCCUAGGCUCUGUGGUUUAACCCACAGCGCCACACCACACCACUGUGUAGUGUUGCUCCCCAGCAAAUGGCAUUUGCCAAUAUGCCGCCUGAGAACCUGGAGCCAUAACUAGUAGACUUUGAUCAGCUCAUCCUCCGUAAAUUGGUCCAAUCCCCUUUAAAGCAAUCUAAGCCAGUGGCCAUGACCACACAUCAUGUUAUCUGUUAACUGGCCAUUUUAGAGUUCUCUUUGCUCCAUUUUUGUUGUUUCUGCUCAUCCCUUCCAUCAAUGCCUUCUUCCCUUUCCAGCUAUGAUCGGGGUGCCACAGUGGCCGGCGUGGCUGGCGUGGGGCGGCUCAUCACCGGCAUGGACAGAGGUCUGCAGGGGAUGUGUGUGAACGAGAGAAGGCACCUCAUUGUGCCCCCUCAUCUUGGCUACGGCAGCAUCGGCGUGGGUGAGUGGCAAGAGUCCAGGGUUGACAGGCGUGGCCUGAGCCUGACAAUAUCUUAGCUGCAUAUCUGUGCCUUUAAGGACACAUUAAAAAAAAACAAAAAUGCCAGGGAGUGUGCACAGUGAUCUGAUCAAUUAGAUCCUAGCAUGGGGGCAGGAGAAUCAUAAGAGUUUGAAGGGACCCUGAGGAUCAUCUAGUCCAACUCCCUGCAAUGCAGGAAUAAGCAGCUGUCGCUUACGGGGAUUGAACCUGCAACCUUGGCAUUGUCAGCACCAUGCUCUAACCGACUGAGCUAGCCAUAGCAAGGAUAGCACUGUACUGCAUUGCAAGGCCCUGAGAAUGAAUGAAUGAAUCUUGCAUGAUGUAGUGGUUAAGAGCUGUAGACUCGUAAUCUGGGGAACCAGGUAGGCUUCCCCGCUCCUCCACAUGCAGCUGCUGGGUGACCUUGGGCUAGUCACACUUCUCUGAAGUCUCUCAGCCUCACUCACCUCACAGAGUAUUUGUUGUGGGGGAGGAAGGGAAAGGAGAAUGUUAGCCGCUUUGAGACUCCUUCGGGUAGUGAUAAAGCAGGAUAUCAAAUCCAAACUCUUCUUCUUCUUUAUUUGCAUCAGCCAUUGGCCAUCACAAUAAAACAACAAUAUGAUAUACAAAGAAUAGAAAUAAAAAGUCAAUUAUAUAAAAUACAUUUUGGGGUUUUGGAAGGCCCUAAUAUAAUAAGAGCAGGUUUCUAUACUGAGAAGUUGUUUCAAGUCUCCAAACACGCUUGAGCUUCCCUACUUCUUGUCAUUUCCGGUUCCACCCGUUUCGCUUUACAUGGCUUCCCCAUCCACCACUCUUUUCUCCUCCAUUUUAUGCAUUUCCUGUACUUGGUAAAGUGCCACGCAGAUGGAUGGCCGUAUAGAAAUAGAUAAAUAGUGGUACCUCGGGUUACGUACUUAAUUCGUUCUGGAGGUUCAUUCUUAACCUGAAACUGUUCUUAACCUGAGGUACCACUUUAGCUAAUGGGGCCUCCCACUGCCGCCGCACGAUUUCUGUUCUCAUCCUGAAGCAAAGUUCUUAACCCGAGGUACUAUUUCUGGGUUAGCGGAGUCUGUAACCUGAAGCGUAUGUAACCUGAAGCGUAUGUAACCCGAGGUACCACUGUAUUGAAUGGCCUGGUGCCAUUGGCGAAGGGGCAGUGGUUGUGGUGGCCUCCCAGUCCCCCUGAGAAUUAUCAUUUCAGUCUCCAUGGUCGUUCCUCAUUUUCAACCCCAUAGCUGGCCUGAUUCCCCCGGACACCACCCUCUACUUCGAUGUCAUCCUGCUUGACAUUUGGAACAAAGAAGACAAGCUGCAGAUCACCACCGUCUCCAAGCCGCAGCGCUGCAACCGCACAGUGGAGAACUCCGACUUUGUGCGCUACCACUACAACGGCACACUUCUCGACGGCACCCCUUCGACUCCAGGUAGGAUGUGCUGAAGGGGAGAUGGCAUGUUUUGGCUCAGAGGUCUGGUACAGAGAGUGAAAGACAGCAAAAUAAUGUCAUUGCAGUUGCAAUUAUAGCAGUCCCUUGGCUACAGUCCUGAACUGGAUUGACCCCUACCCUUCCAAGGCUGCUGGUGGUUUAAAAAACAGAAGGAGGAUUCCAGCCACAGGAUUCAAAGAUGCAUUUAGCAUUAUGUUUUUAAGUUGACUCUCGUUCUGUAUAAUAGGUAGAGCAGCUGUCCGGUCAAAGAUGCUGGAUCUCUGGUAGUGGUGUUAGUUGCAGUUAAAUGCAGUGAUUAAGAACAAUGUAGAACAGGCUUCCUCAAACUCGGCCCUCCAGAUGUUUUUUGGCCUACAACUCCCAUGAUCCCUAGCUAGCAGGACCAGUGGUCAGGGAUGAUGGGAAUCGUAGUCUCAAAACAUCUGGAGGGCCAAGGUUGAGGAAGCCUCAUGUAGAAUAAGAUGAGGAGCGGGUGGCGCUGUGGUCUAAACCACUGAGCCUCUUGGGCUUGCUGAUCAGAAGGUUAGCAGUUCGAAUCUGCGUGAUGGUGGUGAGCUCCCGUUGCUCUGUCCCAGCUCCUGCCAACCUAGCAAUUCGAAAGCACACUAGUUCAAGUAGAUAAAUAGGUACCACUGUGGCGGGAAGGUAAAUGACGUUUCCAUGCACUCUGAUUUCCAUCACGGUGUUCCAUUGCGCCAGAAGCGGUUUAGUUAUGCUGGCCACAUGACCUGGAAAGCUGUCUGAGGACAAACGCCGACUCCCUCGGCCUGAAUGCGAGAUGAGCGCUGCAACCCCAUAGUCACCUUUGACUGGACUUAACCGUCCAGGGGUCCUUUACCUUUUUGUUUUUUUUACCUUUUAGUGGGUGGCUGUUUUUGACCAGUGCUGUGCUGCGAAGGUGGCGUUGUUUUCUCCGAACCGCUUCCUUGCCUGAUGUCUCUUUCCCUUUCUCCAUCCUCACCUGUCUCCCAGCUAUGGAAAAGACAGUACUUAUGACACCUACGUGGGUUCAGGUUGGCUGAUCAAAGGGAUGGACGAGGGCCUGCUAGGCAUGUGUGCUGGAGAGAAACGACAAAUAGUGAUCCCCCCGUUCCUGGCCUACGGAGAGAAAGGCUACGGUAAGGUGGUCAAGAAAUUGUGAAUCUGAACCACAAGGUGAACUGUAUUCACUCAGUACUUUUCUGAGCACAAUUCAAAGUGUUGGUGCUGACCUUAAAAGCCCUAAAUGGCCGUGGCCCAGUAUAGCUGAAGGAACAUCUCCACCCCCAUCGUUCAGCCCGGACACUGAGGUCCAGGUCCGAGGGCCUUUUGGUGGUUCCCUCACUGCGAGAAGUGAGGUUGCAGGGAACCAGGCAGAGGCCCUUCUCGGUGGUGGCACCCGCCCUGUGGAAUGCCCUCCCACCAGAUAUCAAGGAAAUAAACAACUAUCUGACUUUUAGAAGACAUCUGAAGGAAGCCCUGUUUAGGGAAGUUUUUAAUGUGUUAUAUUUUAAGGCAUUUUUAAUAUUCUGUUGGGAGCCGCAGAGUGGCUGGGAAACCCAGCCAGAUGGGCAGGGUAUAAAUAAUAAAUUAUUAUAUUAUUAUUACAUAUCUGCAGAAGAAUUUAAAUUUAUUAUAUUAUUUAAAUAUUAUUCUGAAAGUAUGCAAGAAAUCACCUCAGAUUCUGUGUCAAAGAAAUCCCCAAACCAAUUCUUUCUUUGUUUCUUUCAAAAAAAAAAAAAGGACAAUAAGACUUUAUUGUACUUAGAAAUAAAUAUCUUUUUGGGGGGAAAGGAUUGUACCUGCUAGCAGAUCUCAAGGGUCCCGCUUACAUAAGAAUGUAUGUACGUUUUUGCUCCUGUACAAAAACUUGGUGAUGAGGGACAAGAAUUCGUAGAAUUGUAGAGUUGGAAGGGACCCUGAGGGUCAUCUAGUCCAACUCCCUGUGAUGCAGGGAUCUCAGCUAAAGCAUCCACACACAGAGAUGUCUUUAAAAACAUGGUGUCUGCCAAGGGGCUAUGCACUAAUGUUUAAGACUGGGGUCCUCCAUCUUUCAAGGCCUGGGGGGCACAUUUGGAAAUGCAAGGGUGGGCGCAUGCACCAGACCCCCUCCUUGUAAAGCACACACACACAAGUGAACACCUCCAAAACACAGACAAACCCCUCCCAACCAUACAACAGCUCACAAGCCAGUGUGGUGUAGUGGUUAAGAGCGGUAGACUCGUAAUCUGGUGAACCGGGUUCGCGUCUCCACUCCUCCACAUUCAGCUGCUGGGUGACCUUGGGCUAGUCACACUUCUCUGAAGUCUCUCAGCCCCACUCACCUCACAGAGUGUUUGUUGUGGGGGAGGAAGGGAAAGGAGAAUGUUAGCCGCUUUGAGACUCCUUCGGGUAGUGAUAAAGCGGGAUAUCAAAUCCAAACUCUUCUUCACAAAGCCAAACAAAACCCUACAAAUAUAAAAAAGAAUGUACUGGUAGGGGGCUGUGGUGGGCACUGAGAGGGGUGUCUGAGGGUACCAUGACGUUCACUGGCACCAUGUUGGGGACCCCAUUACUAAAAGCCUCAAAGCCACAACUUUUGUGGGCUGAAGUCAGCUACAUUCAAUUGUGGAUUUAUCACAAAUGGCAGAAACCGCAACCUUAGCACACUUUGCCAUACAGUGCUCUUGAAGAAAGGGAUGGUAUUUCAAAAGCGGAUUAGCUGGCGUCCCCUCUAAAAAAUGGGGUGGUUUAAAGUGUUCCUCCACGUGACCUGGGUCCCUGUGGCCGCCUGAGCUGAAUUGGUUCUCCUUUCCUUUUCUCAGGCACUGUCAUCCCCCCUCAAGCCUCCCUGGUUUUUGA